CUGUUUGUGCCUGCUAAUCGUAGUUUUCAGAAUGAUCCAGAUAAGGAGCAUAUCGGCCGCCUAAAAUACAUUCCCGAACACGGAAUUGACGGAAGAUAUUAUCCUUACGUGUACGUACCAAACUACCAUCAACCAAUAGCGAUGGUGAAAUUUGAAUCACUACCACGUAAUAAGCUUGUUCUGGUGGAAUGCCGUGCAUAUGCGCUGAAUAUUGAGCAUGAUAUCACGUCACGACUUGGGCUCGUUCAUUUUGAGCUAUUCCUCGAGGAUAAAAUGGUGGACACAAAGCCAUCUUCCUUGUGA